AUGAGUUCUCAAGAGUUCAAUUACCCCACUCAUAUUUUGACGUCAAAGACUCCUAAUCAAGCUGCGUUAAUAAUACCUAAUGGACUUAAUGAGACCUCAAGUUUAAUCAAUGAUAGGUUAUUGCGUUGGUUUCAGGAUUACAAUGCUACUCUUCACAAUUAUAAUCAAGGAUUAAAAGGAUUAAUUGAUACUGGUUCAAGUUUUGUUGCUAAUGAUGAAAAUUCAGAUAGUAAUUUUUCAAGAAAUUGGAAUUGCUUAUUAACUUCAUUGAAGACAGAAUUGGAAUCAAAUGAAUCUAUUCAUAAAGGGGUUAAACGUGAAAUAAUUGCUCCUUUACGUGAUUUAAUGGAGAAUGAUGUCAGAUUAUCCGAAUUAUUAGUUAAUAGUCAAGAAUUACAAGAACUUAGUCAUGGAUUAUCUAAAAAUGAUCAAAAUGCUGAAUUUCAAUGGAAUUAUAAAGCUCCUCAUAUAUUUGAAAACUUUGAAAACUUUAAACUGUUUGAAAUUCAAUUAUUAUUCGAUUCAAUCUUGAAUUUCUUUCAAUUUCAUAAUGCAAAAUUAACCAAAAAUUUAUCUAAUAAUGAAAAUUCAACUAAUUAUUUAUUAGGAAGUUUCAAAUUGAAAAAUGAAAUGAAUAAUUAUUUGAAUCAUAUUAUUUCAACUGACUUUAAACCUGUUAAUGAUGGAUUUUUUAAACAACAAUUAUUACAACAGCAAUCUCAAUUAAAUUCAAAACCUUCUCAUCAUCAAAACAAUAACACCACUACCACUCCAAAAGCUUCUAAAAGAUUCAGCACCUUUAGAUCAGCAAGUCAUAGUAGCCAAGCUACCGCUACUAGUAGUAACAAUACAUUUGAUGAUGAAAAGGAUAUAGCUUCAACAAAAAGCAAAAAGGGUUCAAGAUUAAGUAGAGUUGGUUCAAUGUUUGGUAGAAAUAAGAAUAAGAGAGCUUCGAAAUUACAACCUAAUGAUACUAUUCCCGAAACAGAAUCAAUAACAACCACUUCUUCUGCUCCAUUACGAAACGAUUUAUCAAAAUCUCAAACUAGAACUUCAUCAGUCAUCUCAAUGGGUGGAUCAGGAGUUGGGCCUUCAUCAUCAGCACCAAAACAACCUGUAGUGGAUGACAUUCCAAAACCUCAAUAUAAUCAACCGCUUCCAGCUACUCCUAAAGAAAGACAAGAUUCGUUUCCCUCACAAGCUCCUCAAUAUUAUACCAAACCAAAAGCUGAACCAUCAACUCCAAAACUUCCACCUCAACCAGUUGAUGAUAAUGCGUUAGACUCACCAAAUGUCGUUAAGUAUAACGAUUCCGAUUCUUCAGAUGAUGAAGAUGUAGUUGAUGUUAACAAUAAUAGACUUUCUAUGUUACAAAGACAUGAUUUGGCUCCAACUGCUGCUGAACCAGAAAAACUUUCAAAGAUUCUUCCACCUCCAACAAAUGCUUUCAUUAGUCAUCAUACCAAUGGAACCACUACUUCAUCGGAUGCUCUUUUGUCAUUACCAAGAUCAAGACAAAGUAGUGCUGGUAAAUAUAGCUUUGAGGUGGGUGAUGAUCAAAAACCAAUUCAAUCGACUCCAAGACAAGAACAACCAAAUGUAUUUGAAGAUCCUCAAGAAAAAGAAUUGCCCGAACCAACAAUUGAAUCUUCGUCAUUGCGUAAUGUCGUGACUGGUGCCGCUGUUGGUGCUGUUGGGGUUGCUGCUGCUGCUGUAGGAAUAGAACACAAUUCAUUAGAUCCACAAAGUCGUUCGAUUCCUUCACAAGCUUCAGUACAAAGUCAAGCAGCUCCUCCUCGUCCUCCUCCAUCAAGAAAAGUAGUUGCUCACCAUCAAACUGAUGAUCAACCACAACCACCACAACCACCUCAAGCAGCAAGAAGAAUAACUUCACAAAUGUUUACUAAUGCUCCUCAAUCUGUUCCUAGUUCGUUACAACCAAAUCAAACUGGUAUAUCGGCUUUGGUUCCUCAAGAUACAGGAAUGUCAUUAUCUAAGAAUAACGAUAUCUUUAAACAUUUUGAUGCUUCUAAAGUAGAAGAGGCUUAUGGUUUAAAUGCUUCAGUGGCUGAGGUCGUUAAUGCGACUUUUAAAGAUGGUACUUUAACCAAAUCACAAGUUAUUGGGGAAGUUGCAUUUACUUAUAAACAAAAUGAAACAGAAACUUCAAUUCCAAGUGAACCAAUUUUACUUUCUAUUCCAAAUUCAUACGACAAAUUGAUUUUGAAUAAUUCUUUUGUUGAAAAGGUGGGGGACAGCAAUGAAUUUAAAGUUUUACCUUCAUAUAUAUUCUCCAAAACUUUAGGUGGAUUCAAAUAUUUAAAAUCAAUUGAUCAAUCUCAAGUACCUAUUUUAAUUCAACAAAUUUGGAAGUUUGAAAAUCAUCAAGCUAGUCUUGUCAUCAAUCUUACUUUGAAUUCAGCUUAUUCAGCUCCUGUUGUAUUGAAAAACUUCAUUGUUUCUGUUGCUUUAGAUGGCUCUGCUCAAGCUUCAAGUGCUUUAUCUAAGCCUCAAGGUGCUUUCAAUAGAGAAAAGAAUAGAAUCACUUGGAGAUAUGAUCAACCAUUGUUAUUGGGAGGUAGUAGACCAACUGAAGAAAGGUUGAUUGCUAGGUUUGUUACUAAUGGUUUAGCCGCUGAACAUGAAUCAGGGGUGCAAAUCAAAUUUGAAAUUGAAGAUAGCGCUGUAAAUUUCACUAACAUUUACUUUGCCAAUACUUCUGAAGAAAUCCCACUAGUAAGGAAUUUAAUUAGUGGUAAUUAUAGUGGUCAUAUUUGA